ACCAACCAACGAUGGCAACAUUGUCACAACAAAUAUGGCGCCUUUCAGGCUCCACGAAUUAGUGCAGUAUUUUAAGUGUUAGCUAUAAUAAUAGUCUUGCAGUUAACUUUAGUAAUCCACGUUUCUGUGAAGUUAUUACAGCAUUGUCGACAUUGGGCUGAGAGACACUUGACCACCAUCAUGCUUAGCAUGUACUCCCAGCCUCCUGCCCCCAACUUGGGGCCUCCUCCCUCAGUGGGGAUGGUCAAUAUGCCUACUUCUGGCCUUCCUCCCCACCACCCUCCCCCCAACACCAGCAUGCCUCCCCCUUCCCACCCUCCUCCAGGCUCCACUUCAUUUCAAGCACUCCACUUCAAGCCGUUCAAAACCCCAGAAAGCGAUUUUGAUGGCAAGCGUCUGCGCAAGAGCGUCAUGCGCAAGACGGUUGACUACAACAGCUCGAUCGUGGCGAUGCUUGAGGCGCGCGUGUGGCAGCGAGACGAGCGCGACCGCCCCACUCUGCAGCCUGACAUCUGCUACGCCUGCGAGGUCAUGCCACCUCAGAUGUAUCCUGACAACCCCAUCAAUGCGGUCGUCACCAAGUUUGUCCGCACAUCUACUAACAAACAAAAGUGCCCGGUGUUUGCAUUGGCAUGGACUCCAGAGGGCCGUCGUCUGGUGACGGGGGCCUCGUCAGGAGAGUUCACCCUCUGGAACGGCCUCACCUUCAACUUUGAGACCAUCCUUAAGGCGCAUGAGUCAAGCGUGCGGUCGAUGCUGUGGUCUCACAACGACCAAUGGAUGGUCACGGCAGACACGGCCGGCAUCGUCAAGUAUUGGCAGACCAACAUGAACAACGUCAAGCACUUCCAGGCACAUAAAGACCCCGUUAGAGGACUCAGCUUCUCCCCGUGCGACCUCAAGCUGGCCACCUGCUCCGACGACGGAACCGUCCGCAUCUGGGACUUCCUCAGGUGUAAGGAGGAGCGCGUGCUUAGGGGUCACGGAGCAGACGUAAAAUGCGUCGCGUGGCAUCCGAGCCGCAGCCUGCUGGCGUCCGGCAGCAAAGAUAACCAACAGCCCAUCAAACUGUGGGAUCCUCGCACCGGCACCCCUCUUGCUAAACUACACGCUCACAAGAGCACAGUCAUGGACCUCAAAUGGAACGCCAACGGCAACUGGCUGUGCUCGGCUUCCCGCGACCACUUGCUCAAACUCUUCGAUGUGCGCAACCUGGGCACUGAAAUGCAGGUGUUCCGCGGCCACAAGCGCGAGGCCUCGGCCAUCGCCUGGCAUCCUCAGCACGAAGGUCUGUUUGCGAGCGGAGGGUCGGACGGAUCCAUCCUCUUCUGGCACGUUGGCAACGAUAAGGAAGUCGGUAGCAUCGACUCUGCUCAUGACGGCAUCAUUUGGGACCUGGCAUGGCAUCCUCUAGGUCACAUUCUAUCGACGGGAUCAAAUGACCACACCACCAAAUUCUGGACGCGGAACCGUCCCGGCGACAAGAUGAGGGAUCGCUACAACUUGAACACGCUGCCGCCUGGCGUCCUCGCUGAUGACUCGAUGGACAUCGACGAUAUUCCGCUGUCCGCGAAUUACGAGCACGGCAAUGCAGUGGGCGGCGCAGCGAUCCCGGGCAUGGGUCCUGACGAUAAGAUCCAAGAGGCACAGGCUGAUGGUGGGGCUGAAACCAUCCCAGGUCUGGACUUUGACGCAGCGCAGUUCGAAAGGUUUAUUAAGAAGACGCCAUAUGCUAAACCUAUCCCCAAAAACUUCCAGGCGGCUUGGAACGCGGCUGGUGGACUGGAGGACGAGAUAAUUGAAGAUCCUUCUUCGAGCUGGGUGGUGACUGACGUGGAGGGCCUGUUCAGCGAGCCCGUCAAGAGAGAAGGUCCUCCUGUCAUCACGGAGACGGGGGAGGAGCUACCCCCAGGCUCUGUGCCCCUUGAUGAGAUAACGGCCGAUGCUAUCGCUUAUUACGGCUUCUUCAUCCCACUUGACAAGGUGCCUGGCAACGUCAUACAAGACGCCUUCAGCUUCAUGCACGAGGACGAAGCCAUUGCUGAACUCACCAAAGACAGCGAUUUUGCUCGCAAACUUUGCCGGGAAAAGCGCCAGCUUCUCAACCCGAACGCCAAGGACGACGAAGGUCACCAUAAAGGGAACCAGGAAGACCCCUUCAACUACCACAACACACAGAGCGGCUCGUCUCAAAAUAACCGCACUGGCCGUAGCGGCAACUUUAAUCGUCGAGACCACGACAGGCGGGAUGGCGGCCAGUAUAAUCGGGAUCGUGGUGGCAGUGGAGGAGGUUCUGAAGAUGGACGAUCUUUUCGGGGAGCAAGAGGAGGGUAUCGCGGGGGUGGUGACGACGAUGGGUUCAGGAAUUAUCGAGGUCGAGGGCGUAACUGGCAAAACGACAGAGGCGGCCCUCCGCCUAAGUUUAGAGGAAGAGGUGGUUUCAAUCCCGAGAACGGAGGAUAUCGUCGCGACGAAGGAGAGAGGGAGGAAUGGGAGCGGGAUGGAAGAGGAGGUCAUGAGGAGUGGAUGGGACGCAAUGAAGGCGCAGACCGUUUCAGAGAAAGUGGAGGGGAUAGAGGCGGAUUCAAUCGACGUCCUUGGGAUGACGGAGGUGAAAGGAGGAACUGGCAUGACGAAGGAGCUGGACGUGAUGCUUGGGGUCCUCCGAGAAGAGAAGAGUUUGUGGACAGGGGAGGCUUCAGAGAGAGAGAUGGGGGCUUUAGGAACGCCCGAGACGAGGGCAGAGGCUAUCCUCGUGACAGAGCACCCUUCCGAAGAGGUGUUCCCGGAGAGGAUUUUUAUGAUCGUGGAUUUCAUGGGGAAGAUGGGGGUCCUGUUCCUCCCCAUCCCCCUGUAGGUGAGGAGCAACCCGACAGUUUCCGCUUCCAGUCGAGAGGAAGGUUCAGGGGCAGGGAAGGUAGGGAGGAGGAGGUUGGUUUUAAGAGGAAGGCAGAUUGGGAUGAUCGGGAGGAGGAAUGGAGGUGGGGAAGAACGGGUCCGGGAAGGCCCGUUAGAGGGAGGGGUGGGGCAGACCAUGACUUUGGGUACGGUGGAUACUAAACCACCAAUUUUUAUUACCGUUUUUUUCAUCAAGAGUAUUUUCUUAUGAAUUUUUAUUAGCUAUGUGUUCUUGAUUAAAUGAAUUUUGCCUAUAGUCUUAGCCCGUGGCUCCAAUGUAGCUCAGACCUCUCUUAAUUUUUGUUAGUGUUACGUUCCCGUGUCGUGAAAAUUGAAUAUAUCAGAAAAUGAACAAGAAAAUUAAAAUGUGUUUGAUGUAAUGAUAGGCUGUGAUACAGUUCUCUUCUUGAUUUCUAUCUAAAAAUGUAAACUCAAUACUUUAAAUUUGUGACCCAAUUUGUAUCUCUCGUCUCAUCAAUUCCAUAUUGAUUUUCUCCGUAGCUCGUGAUGUUUCUUGUGUGAUAGCUACAGAAUUGUUAGACGUAAUACAAAUACUGUCGUCGGUUUUUGAGGCUAGUACACGCUAACGGGCUUGAUGCACAUGUGUAAGUACGAGUUUUCUCUUCAGUAAAUAGGGGAUAGCUUUAAGGAAGAUAGUCGCUAUAAAUAUAUCAUUAGGUCUCUUGAGUUAUUUUAGACAUCACCCGGUCAUUGUCACUAAUUACACAUGAAUUGCGCGUUCGUCAAAUGUGUGGUUUUAAGCUACGCGCCUUCGUUGCCUUCAAAUAUUUUCAUCAGGGAUUAUGCUAAUAUUUUGGAAUAUUUGUAGCCAUUUUUGUGCUUUUAUUGUUCUUUUCUGCUACUGUGUAUCGUUGUCGAUAAUUAAUACCCGUUGAAACGAGUUUGAAUCUGCGAACUUGUAACAAACUCAAAACACCGAUAACAAAAUGAAUUGGAGAAAUACCCGUUUUCUAGAUUUAAAAUGUUCCAAUGAACUGCACUACUAUGAAUUUGUUUUGAGAUACCGGUUGCCAGAUUUAGAAAUGAUGUAACAAUUAUGGAUUGAAGAUAUUGAAAUGCUCAAUUUUCAACGUAGUUGAGCUUGUUGCCCGUGUACUUAAACAAGCUCACUCGACUUAGCUUCUACAGAUACAUCAAUUUUACAUUAUUUAUAUUUUCUCUCUAAGAAAGUAUGAAACUCGGGGUUUUCAGGUUUCUAGGAUUUUCUUUCAGGUUUUAGGUUCCCAUCUUCAUAUUUCCAGAAUUUUGCCUCGCAUGUUCCAUUUCCAUGUUGCGCAAACUUGAAAAUGUUCACUAUUAUUUUGAAGGUACUUCAGUAAGCAAUAGAUGGUAAUUCGUUGUCGGGGAAAAUAACCAGAUGGAACAUCCUAUGUGUAUUUGUGUUCUACGUUCUGAGAUUUGUUAUUUGAUAAUUUAUUAAAAGAACAGUUAUU